GGCGCGACUGGGUGACUUGAUGACCAUGACGCCCCCCGCGUACGCACUUUAGCUAGUGCGCCACUGCCCAAGACUUACUGCCUGGAAGUAUGUCAACGCGACGGUCUUGCUUCCCGAGUUCUCGUCCGUGGCUAUAUCUGCGGAUCCCGUCACUGCUUUCCCACCUGCGCAGGCUGCACCUAACUUUGAGCACUACAAGGGACCUGUCUCUCGUCCAGCUGAUGUGCCCGGUCGAGCUCGAGCAUGCGCACUUGGCGUUCGACAAAGAAGCGAAGGUGAUGAGCGCAAGCCCCUUCUCGCUGUUUGCGCUUUCGUCAAGCACUCUGCGUUGCCUAUCGCUUCUGAAUCGGCCCAGAUCGUUCGUGGAUCCCGCGUUUCUCGCGUCGUUGCGCACUCUGAUCACCCUCGAACUUCAAUUCCACAAAAACGCCCCGCUGACGCAGGACCUCGUCGACGUGCUGGGUGCUCACAACUCGAUACAAAAACUGCGUGUCCUGGAGCUGGGAGGGAUCCUGGACCUCGAAGCCAAGUCGCUGGUAGAGGUGAUCGCCCGACACGAAGCGAAUUGUCCUCUCCAGCGACUGCGUCUCAAAGGAAUUUUUGCCCUCAGGCCAGCCAAAUUCGGAUGGAGCGAUGGAAUGGAAAUACACCUGGAAGGCCUCGUACCCGACUUCAGAAUGAUGGUGUGGAAGCAGCCUAUGCAUCUUUUGCGCCGUCAUCUGGAGUCGUAAAGCAUUGUGAAAGUCUGCGAAAACCAUUCAUUGCUUGCUCAAAUGCCAUACCGGACGCGUUGUAGGAUUUCUGCGUGAAGCAGGCGUGGUCAAGGCCAAGCACACUUGCGACCAUUUGUAGAAUAUAGUUCCCGAAGUCUCCAACUGUGUGCAGGCUCGGGAAACGCACGAUGAACAACAUCAUCACCAUGCUAUGAAUUAC